AGUCUGAUACUAAUCAAAAUCGUUGGUUGUGAUUUCCUCUUUUAACUCCUCUUCCUUCUCUCCCUUUCUUAUAACUCUUCCCUUCCUUCAAUCUCUUCUCAUCCAACAAUAAACACUCCAAAUUGAAACUCAUCACUGAAAACCAACCAAAACAACAACAACAACAACAACAAUGGCUUCUUCUUCCUCACUUUCUCAGCUUCGAUGCAGAAACCUCUCCUGCUCCAUCGCCCCUAUCCCCUCCUCCUUCCGCCUCGUUCCCACUCCUUCCAUUCUCCAUCUCGGAGUAUUCACCAAGCCCGUCGGAAAGCCCAUCGUCGGGGUCUCUUCGGAUGCCCCGAGGGCGGUGUUCUGCGUGAGAGCCGUUACGAACGAGGAGGAGGGCGGUUAUUCGGGAGUGGCGGUUGUGGAGGAGACGGAGGCUGGGCGGCUGAAGAAGGCGCUGGUGGAUUCGUUUUACGGGACUGAUCGUGGAUUGAAGGCUUCCAGCGACACGAGAGCUGAGAUUGUUGAGCUUAUCACUCAGCUCGAGGCAAAGAAUCCUACCCCUGCUCCCACCGAUGCGUUGACUCUCCUCAACGGAAAAUGGAUCCUCGCGUAUACCUCCUUUGCAGGGUUGUUCCCGUUGUUGUCAAGCGGAACACUUCCAUUGGUGAAGGUAGAGGAAAUAUCUCAGACCAUUGAUUCCGAGAGUUUCACCGCCCAAAACUCCGUUCGCUUUGCCGGUCCCUUGGCCACCACCUCCAUCAGCACAAAUGCAAAAUUUGAAGUCCGCAGCCCAAAACGUGUUCAGAUCAAGUUUGAGGAAGGGGUCAUUGGCACUCCACAGUUGACAGACUCAUUGGUUAUACCAGAAAAUGUGGAAUUCUUGGGGCAGAAGAUUGAUCUCACACCCUUCAAGGGCAUACUCACCUCUGUCCAAGACACAGCAUCUUCUGUCGCAAGAACUAUCUCCAGCCAGCCUCCGUUGAAGUUCCCGAUCUCCUACAGCAACGCUCAGUCGUGGUUGCUCACCACCUACCUGGACGAUGAACUUCGCAUCUCCAGGGGUGACGGUGGUAGUGUCUUUGUUCUUAUCAAGGAAGGAAGCUCUCUCUUGAGCUGAAGCUUGUUUCUUUGCAUGUUCGCCAUUAUUAUCGUCACUAUAUAUAUAAUAAGAAAUUUGUAUGAGAAAGGAAAGCCUUAGUGUUGUGGCAUCGUAUGUUUUAUCUUAAAUUUGUCAUCCUUGAUGUAAUAAGGAUGUAAAGUACUGUUAAUGAUAUAACUUAGUUUAGAGUUGGGUUCAAGAUCCAAUCUGGUUCUGCAUCAAUAUUGUCCCUGACGAACUAAGGAUAUAAAAUCUCUAUUUUUGUGGAUUUACCAA